UUCUUCAAACAAAAUAUCAUCUAUUACGACAAAAAAACAAAGAAAGAAGAAAAGAAAACCACAUCUCCCUCUCUCACUUCCAUUCAUCCAAUCUCUUCAAAUCUCAUAUCCCUCUGUACACUGUACAUAACCCUAAUUUUCAUCCCUAAUUUGUUCCCUUUCACAAAUCAACCAAUGUUCUUCCAUUAAUUCAUCUCAAUUUUCACCAAUUCAAAACCCUACGCCUUCAUAAUUUUCACAAAUUUCUUCAUCUUCUUCAUCCAUGGCGGUUCCGACGAUUGCACUGUACGCAAGUCCUCCCGGAGGCAUCUACACGACGCCGUAUUCAUCAACAAUCAACUCACACGCAUCCUACGAUUUCGAUCUAUCCAGCCGUCCGACUACGUCAUCAACGGCAACCGUUACGUCAUCAAAACCGGUAAUCGGAGGUUUAUCCACGCUUUUCUCGUCGUCACCGACCUUCGCCGGUGCCGGAUCUGAAGAUCUACCGUCGAUGAGAACCAGCGGUGAAGAUCUGAGCAGUUUAACCAGUUCGUUUUCGUACUCGCCGUUUGGAUCUUAUCUGAAACGAGAUCAUGUUCAUCAGAGUCCGGUUUCGGUGUUUCAAGGUCCGGUUUCGUCAUCUCCGGUUAGGUUUUCGCCGGAGAGAGAGUGUUCCGUCGUUCGCGGUGGGAGUAAACGGUUGUUUAAAGGAUUUGUUACGCACGCGCUUGGCGCGUGUGUUGAUUAUGACUCACGGAGGUCGCUUGUGAAUGAUAGUUUUGGUGAGGAGCUUACUUUUGUUAUGGAUGAUACUGCUUUGAAGGAAUCGGUUCCUGAGCCGUAUGUGAAGGAUUUGUUGUUGAAUGCACAGAUGAAACAUAAGAUUUUUAAUGAUAGUUUGGUUAUUAAAGCUUUCUAUGAAGCCGAAAAGGCGCACAGAGGGCAGAUGCGAGCCAGUGGUGAUCCGUAUUUACAACAUUGCGUGGAAACCGCGGUUCUGCUGGCUACAAUCGGUGCUAAUGCGACGGUGGUUGCUGCAGGGAUUUUACAUGACACACUUGAUGAUUCCUUUAUAAGCUAUGAUUAUAUUCUCCAAACCUUUGGAUCUGGAGUUGCUGAUCUUGUUGAAGGGGUGUCGAAGCUAAGCCAUUUGAGCAAGCUUGCUCGUGAAAGCAAUACAGCAAAUAGAACAAUGGAGGCAGAUCGUUUACAUACAAUGUUCCUUGCAAUGGCAGAUGCAAGGGCAGUGCUUAUAAAAUUGGCUGAUAGGCUACACAAUAUGAUGACAUUGGAAGCUUUGCCUAUGAGUAAAAAACAAAGGUUUGCAAAAGAGACAAUGGAGAUAUUUGCUCCUUUGGCAAACCGUUUAGGAAUCAUUAGUUGGAAAGAGCAACUGGAGAAUCUUUGCUUCAAAUACCUUAAUCCAGAACAGCACAAUGAUCUAUCCAGCAAGGUUUUUAAGUCUUUUGAUGAGGCAAUGGUUACCUCUGCUGCAAAGAAACUGGAGCUAUCGCUUCAAGAUGAAUCAAUUUCUUACCAUGUUUUAUAUGGACGUCAUAAGAGCUUGUAUAGCAUUCACUGCAAAAUGCUGAAAAAAAACUUGAGCAUGGAUGAAAUUCACGAUAUUCAUGGGCUGCGUCUCAUUGUUGAAAAUGAAGAGGACUGCUAUAAAGCAUUGCAGAUUGUUCACCGGUUGUGGCCUGAAGUGCCUGGAAAGUUCAAGGACUACAUAAAAAAGCCCAAGUGUAACGGGUACCAGUCUUUACACACAGUAGUAAUGGGAGAAGGGUCGGUUCCACUCGAAGUUCAAAUCAGGACACUGUCUAUGCACUCACAAGCUGAGUUUGGGUUUGCAGCCCAUUGGAGAUACAAAGAAGGCGAUUGUAAGCACCCUUCGUUUGUGCUCCAGAUGGUUGAAUGGGCCCGUUGGGUCGUCACAUGGCAAUGUGAGAAUAUGGGCCAAGACAAGUCAUGCAUGGGCUAUAACGAAGCCGUCAAGCCUCCCUGCACCUUCCCUUUUCAUUCUGAAGAUUGCCCGCAUUCAUAUAAACCUGGUUGUGGGCCUGAUGGGCCUGUUUUUGUCAUCAUGAUUGAGAAUGACAAGAUGUCAGUACAAGAGUUUCCACCAAAUUCAACCGUCAAGGAUCUGUUAAACCUAGCGGGUCAGGGAAACUCGAGGUGGGCUCCAUACCGAUUUCCUGUAAAGGAAGAUUUAAGGCCGAGGUUGAACCAUGAGCCAGUGAUGGACACAAGUUGCAAGCUGAAAAUGGGGGAUGUGGUUGAGCUAACACCAAGGAUACCAGACAAAUCGUUGACCGAGUAUCGGGAAGAGAUCCAGCGUAUGUAUGAUCGUGGUGUGUCUGUCGGAACCGCAACCAGGAAGCAGACACCUAUGGUUGUUGGGUGGGGAAGAUGAUGAUAAUAGGUUCUAUUUGCAGUGUUUAAGAUAUGUAUAAUUGUGUGCUUAGAUAGAAAAGGAUGUAAUUGUUUCUUGUAAAUACAUCUUUGUACAGAAAACUGGUCCUUUAUGCUUAUUACUUAUUAGCAGAAACACAAAAUCCAAAAAGAAAUAUGUAAUUGAUCUUUUGUUCCUACU